AUAUCAUCUUGUGUUACAAAAUGAAGUGUCUUCUGUUUUGCUUGAUAACCUUCUGCUACGCUAUAUCUGCAGCUCCAACCCUCCCUAACAUCCACUUCGGAGAAGAUGGCACCAUUACUGUUACUAGGGCUGAUGGAAAGAAAGUAGUGUUCCCCAGCUCACUAGGUAGUGAUGGAUAUAAAAACAUUGGAAUCGAACUAGCAGACCAUGUUGAUCAGACUAAUACCAUCAAACACAAACCAAAGUUCGGAGAAUCUGGAGGUGCCCGUUACAAAAGAAGUUCCAUUUCCAUAACUCCGGAAGAAUCUAAAAAAGGGAGGUCUGAAUCUGAGAUUCUGCAUGAAAUCUUCAAAGAUUACCAAGGUGCUGUUGAUCCGAAAUCCUACGAGAAAGUUUUGAAACAAAUCGAGGAAUACGUCAAAUCUGGAGACCUGGAUUUGUCAAUCUACGAGAUAUUGAAGACCUUUGCCCAAAAUGACGUUUCCAAUCAUGAAGACUACUCAGGACAAGACAGGAGUAUAUACAAUCCUAGUAUUGGCUAUAAUCAAAAACCAGUUCAUCCCCAGAAUUAUUUGAACGAAGUAGUCGAGAAACAACAGUUGUGGAAUGAUGACUCGUAUGGCAAGCAAUUUUCACUUGAAUCAUCUCAAGCACCAAUUUGGCAUGGAAACGCUCAGUGGCAGUUUUAUGAACCAAAUGUAGAAAGCUUCCAGCAAUAUAGACAAUCAUUCGGGCCGUUCCAAAACAAACCGAUUCAAGGCGGUCAGCAGUAUGUUCAGCAGAAUUUUUUGCCCUCAUUUGAUCAAUAUCAACAACAGUUGUCUCAGCAACAGAUAUAUCAACCACUGCAAUCAUUAUACCAGCCUCAACUGCAACUGUAUCAACCCCAACAGUACUUUGCACAGAUCCAGGAUCAAUGGAACUCUCCUCAAUUUAUUCUGAAACAACAAAGGGCACAAAAUCCAGUAUUUCUAUGGGAUCAACAGUUACCUUUCACCCAGCAACAAGAAGCUCAAUUCCAGCAAGUAUUGCCACAGAACCAAAGACAACAAAACUUCCAGGAACAAGGCUGGGUACUGCCAAGAGGACAAUUUUUGCAGCAACUUCCUUGGAACCAACUGCGACAGCAAUACUACGGACCUCAGCAACAGUACUAUGGACCUCAACAACAAUAGUAAAAUCAAUGGCAAAUAUCACUAGAAAAACAACUUCAGCAGUAAUAUGGUCAACCUCAAUAGAAAUAUGAACUGCUCCAAAAGCUAUAUUACUUACCUGGAGAACAAGUAUUUCAAACAAAACCUUGUAUAUCCACAACAACUCGAACAGAAUCUGAAUAGUCAAGUAUAGUCCAUUUCCAACCUGCAAAGGAAAUAUCUUGUUAACCUUCAAGUUGUUGACAUUUUUUCUACUCUGCUACCAUUAGCAAAUAUAAUGACUCUUUUACUCUUUAUAUUUGGUGGCAUUUAUUCUCUGCAAAAGCAAAUCACCCCGUAGCAACUAAUAUUUUAGUAAAUGCAAUAAUUGAAUGAUCUCAUCAUCAUUUCUAAAAAAUGUAUAGCUCAAAAUAGAUGGUCCAAUGAUGUAGCUGAAAAAAUAUCCAGGAUCGCUUUGGACAAUAAAUAUAAUAAUGGGGAGUCCUGAAAUCACGAUAAUCCAUUUUGAAAAUAUUAAGUAAUGGUGUUCCAGAUUUGAAAUACGACAAAAUACUGCCAUUUAAAAAAUAUUGUUCUUCCUGUUAGGCAUUUUUGGCAUCAUGUAAGGAUACAACUGAUGCCUUAAACAUCUCACCAGAAAUAACUCUCAACUACAUCAACCUUAUAAUAGGUUGACAGUAUCAAUGAAUCACCCCAUUUGCAUUGGGGUUAAGCUAUAUAAUAUCAGUGGAGACAUUAAAUCCUCGAAUAUCAAUAUCUUCAAAAGGCGACUCAAGAUUUUUCUGUUGCAAAAAGCAUACUACUCUGUGGAUGAGUUUCUCUAUGAUUCUUAAUUUGGAUUGUAGCUUAUUAACUUUCAAUUUUUUAUGUAUAUUUUAUAUUGACUUUUUAUCUUUUUUAUGUUAUGUUAUUUUUCUUGUCUAAUGUGAUUGUGAAGGAAAACUAAUUCAAUAAAUGUUUGAUU